CUCUUUGAUAGUACACCUGCUACUUUCCUUACUUUAUUUACUUAUAGAACACUGAUCAAUAUCAAAUUGCAAAUAGGGUAAAAAAUAUGGGCACAAUUGAUCUUUGAAGCCAAAUUCACAUCAGCUGACAUUUGUAAACAAAAACAGUAAACGACAUGGCUCAGUUUGGAAUAUUUUAUUUAAUUUCUUCGUGAGGCUGUAUCAUUCUGACUAGUUUUAGAAAAAAUGGAUUAAUUUCAUUGUAAAAUUAAAAUGCUUCCAGGGUUUAAAAGUAGUAAGCAUGACUCUCCAUAAGUUUUCUGGCAGUAACAUUUAAGAGUGGUCAGUGUGAAGUGGGCGGUGGACGCUUGGUUACAAGGGUAUUUUUGCUUGCUUUCUUCCCUCAAGGUGCCCUUUUUGUUUUAUUUGUCCCAGGUAAAGUUACUGAUUUCCCCCUACUUACAAGCUCGCCGUAGAGAAGAGUGAGCUCUGCAAAACAAAGGAAAAGGGAUCUCAGAAAAUAUAAUUAGGAAAGGAGUGAGGUGUGAACGAUGAAAGCACUACGGCCUUGGACCCUCAACUCCCAGCUGCUGGUGGCGAUUAAAAAUAAUGACGUCCCUCGAGCACAUCAGUUGUUUCAGGCUGGUGUUGACACAGACACACGCUUCUCUAUAAACUCACAGAAGCGGCCAGCCCUCUGUCUGUGUGUGGAAAACAAUGCCUCUGAUAUGGUUCAGCUCCUGGUGGAGUUAGGAGUUAGCAUCAAUCAAGGAGAUUCUGUAGGCCUAACUCCACUUCAUCUUGCUUGUACACAUGGCUACCCUAACCUUGUUGGUCUUCUCCUGAAGGCUCGUGCAAAUGUGAAUGCCCGUAGUCACCAAAACCGUACUCCACUCCACCUAGCAGCUAUGAGAGGCAAUCAAGUCAUAACAGAAAUGUUACUCACCCAUGGAGCAAAUGUCAAUGUUACUGAUGAAGAUGGUCGUUCACCAUUGCACUAUGCUGUUUCUUCAGCUAAUUCUGAAAUUGUUGAACUAUUGUUAGCAGCCCAAGCAUGUCCCACAGAGAUGGACAUACACGGUAAUACAGCGCUUCAUUACGCUGUUGAUGUGAGUGGUGUUACGGCUUCUACUGUGCGAAAACUAUCUAAAACUUUCCCUGGGGCUGUCAGUGUUGCAAACAGUGGCAUGGAAACACCAUUGCACAUUGUUGUUCGCAGUGGGCGCCAUGAUGCAGAAGAUGUUCUAAGAGCCAUCCUAGAAGUUACCACCAAAGUUGCUUUAAACACCCAAGGUUCUCUAGGGCACACAUCUCUGCAUAUUGCUGUCUUGGAGCAUCGUCUUAAGCUCCUGCAACUGCUUCUCACUGCAGGGGCUGACACCAACACUGAAGACCAUCUGGGACAUAGCCCAUUAGUAUCAGCUGCCAGGGAUGAAAACUUAGGUGCUGUUGCCCUGCUGUUGGCAGGAGGAGCUCGCACUAAACGGUUAAUACAGGGUGGUGUUGUAGAGGGUGACAUACACAAUAUGGGCAUUCGUACGUUACUAGAGGAAGCAACACGGCAACCACCACAGCUCUCAGGACUUUGUCGACGAGCCAUCACAGUUCAUCUUGGGCCUGCUGCUCUUCAAACCAUAGAAAAAGCUACCUUGCCAUCUGUUUGGCGGGAAUUUCUUACUUUUCAGUCAAUCAGCAUUUGAGUAAUUUCAUACUGUAUAUUGUUCUUGAGAAUUAUUAUAUUUACAAAAUUAUAGAUCUGAACUUUCUCAAGGAUAUUACAUAGUAAUUACAUAUAUCAAAGUGCAGUCUUUAAAACCAGAUAAAAAAACUUGAAUACUGUAAGUAGGUUAUAUAUACUUACAUUGGUAACAAAAUAUGGGCAUUACUGUAUUUCCUGCAUAUACAUAGAGCAGUUCAUUUUAAACAUCUUAAUAUUACUGUAAUCUAGUAUAUAUAAAUGUUGAUUUUCAGCAGGAUCUAAUGAUAUCACAUAAUCUAAGUGCAGUGUGAUUGAACCUACAAGUUUGAGAUUGAAUUGUUGAUGCUAGUCUCUGUUCACUUAGAAAGGAAUAGGUAUAUGCAACCUGCUAACACUGUCUAAAUGUCCCAAGCCAGCAUGGUGCGCUCACUCACAAAACUUUGUAAUUAUCAGGGAGGCAUUGGCAUUUCAUUGAAUCAAUAUGUUGCUGAUGAUAGAAAGAUGAAUAAAUAGAAAUAAUAAUGAGAGUUGAUAAUGUUUCAAAGAGGAUAGUGUGAUUCUACCACAUGCACAUGCAAAGUGUCAUUCCAAAGAAAGGAAAAUAUUGCCCCCAUGUAGAAGUACUAGUACAUAAAUGUGUAGUCAUCUUUAUACUAGUACUACUUCCAAGUGAGAGAGAGAGAGAGAGAGAGUACUGUUGCAGUUUGUAGAUGCUAAGUAUUAGCAAUUCUUUUCUCCACUUGAAGAUCACUUGUCAUUGAAUAAACAAAGAUACUGGCAAGGGAAUGUGCAGUGCACUAUACUACUUAUAGUCAUGUUUUUCAGGUUACAAUUUUUGUUAACUUCUAAAUGUGUACCUGUAUAUUGUCAGUGGAUAUUUAUGUAAGUGUGCCAUAACUUAAGGUCACUGAAAUUUGCUUUUUAUUCAGUAUCACAUUGAAUCCUACCUCCAUCAUAUAUGUUACUCAUAGAAUGAAUGUAUCAUAACUCAUCAAUGCCUUGUAUCUUCAAUAAUUUAUAAUUUAU